CCAUUCCUGACCACAAUGAGCUCCAACGCUCCCGCACUGAAGUUGAGUGCAGACAUGCAGAGUGACCCCACGGCGCUAGCAGCUUAUCUCGAGGAGAUGAACAAGCUGGUAGCCGGAGCACUGGAUACAGAUCCCCGGUGGACCAAGAUCGCCAAGGCGGCGAAGUCUUUGGCAGACAUACUGCGGCACAAGACGGAGGAUGAUCUCCAUGGCAAGCUGGGAAAAGGUGGCCUCCCUAAAUCAAUCACGGGUUUGGUGAAGGGCACCCCAGGUGUCACAGGAGUGCCGAGCCGCGGCCUACGUGUUCCGGCUUUGGUUGAGGUUCUUCGGGUGGGCGCCAAUCUUUGCGCGGAUGAUGAUGACAAUCGUGCAAUAUUCUUAGCAACGGACUAUGUGGAGAGCGUGCUUGGACUCCUGGAAUCCUACCUUCCCUGGAUUCGUUUGCCUUCUGAGAAGGAUCCUCAAUCGAAGCAAGCGCAGCCACUGUUACUCGAUGACCUUCGUGUUAUCAAGACCGCAGUCGGAGCAUUGCUAAACAUCAGUGCAAGUUUCGACCCCGCAAAGGAAAAGCUCCUACGGCUUGGUGCACCUCUGAUUGUUCUGCGCAUUAUUGUCGGCCUCUAUCCCGCUGGCGGGUGGGCAUCGACCUCGGCAUCAACCUCGAUACCAGAUAUGAAAGAAGAGUGGCUUUGGCGUUUCGGCGUGUCGAAUUGGGCGUGGCGUGCGCUCGACGAUUGGCGGGAACCAGCGGAGGACAGCGACGAAGACAGCAAACCCAUUUUUGACGGCGCAAGUCUCAUGUAUCUGCUGGAUCCUUUGCCAUUCGUCCUUCCGCCAUUUCCUGAGAAGCUCCCUGACGUAUUUAACCAAGUGGCGACGAGACUGCCCCUCAUUGACGCCGAUCUUGAAGUCCUGGAACAGGUGUGCAUGUCACUUGAGAGCUUAGCCCUUGAUCUGGCGGAAGUCCGGCAGCUUCUUGGUCGUUCAGCCGCCAGCCAUACACCUGAGAAUUCAUAUCUUGCUCAAAUUAUCCGCUUUGUAGAGCAAGUCCAAGCGCCAUCGUACUGGUCGGAACACUCAGAUAAAGAUAGGAAGCGAUGGGAGAGGACGCUCGCUUUCUGCAAGGCUGCUGUCAUCAAAGCGAUCAUUGCUGUAUCGGGCGAAGAUGCCAACCUUGAUGUCCUAUGGAACGAAAAGGACGAGAGUGGUGGCUGGUUCGUCAAGACAAUGCUGAAGUGGAUUCGAAGCUACAAGCCGCGCACGAAGGUGAAUGCAAACGAAGAUGAUGGUUAUCAUGACAUGGCAAUUUGUGGGACAUUGGCAUUGGGCAACUUGGCGAGGAAAGAAUCACAUUGCCUGACACUGGCUUCACCUCCCAUAUCCCUUACCGCCAAUUUAAUCAUGCUCCUUGAUAGGAAGACUGACAUCAAGCUGAAACACGGUGUUAUUGGUCUGCUCAAGAACAUGGGACACGCUCCAGGGAACCGUGCUAUCAUCGGAGAUGCCGGCUUAUUGGAGGCCCUGGCUGCGUCUCGAAUCUGGGAGCAAAAGUGGGAUAUCGCGGAGACUGUGCAGUUAUCUGCCAUCGGAGUUUCUAAGCACCUCGCCCAAUCUAAUGCGCUCAAUUCUCUGAGGCUACUUCAAGCGGGCACUGACCACAACAGCUGCCUUGAGCAGAUCCUUGGAUUGGUCAAGCGUUCGGACACUAUAGCUGUUAAGAGUGAAGGCACCCGUGUACUUGUCAGUGUCAUCAAGUCCUUAUGCACAAACAAUGGCUCGGCCAUUCCCGAACACGAACGGAAGUCUGCUAUGGAUCGAUUAGUAAACACUCGUUCAACCACCGCUCUGGCGGAGCUCAUUAGCAGGAGUCAGAAGUAUCCCCUUCUACUCAAUGAGGGAAUUAUUGCAAUGACAUUGCUUGCGACACAAACCCAUGGAGUACCUCAUGUUCUGUCUGCAUUUUUCUCCUCAAGCCCAUCCACAUCUACCACUACGCCGACGUCGACAACUUUCUCUCUCCCUGGGUCUGCUCCCACCUCCCCGACCGCCCCGGUCCUGGUACCUGACUCUCCUGCCGUGGCCACCCUUGUCGCCAUCCUAGUCAACAAGGAGAACAAGUACCAGCCUGAGCUGCGGGCGAAUGUCUGCGCAUUGCUCGCUGCUAUGGGCCGCCGCGUUCCCGGUGCUGCGGAAGAGGAUGCGAAGAGGCAGGAAGUUUUACACAAUCAGACGAGGGAAGCAUUGAAUGCUGUCGCAAACGGGAAUGGCAGCGAGUCAGAUAAGUUGGAUAUCAGCCAGGCGGCCGCUGCUGCUUUGCUGGCCUGGAGACGAUGA